UAAUCUUAUGUCUUUGACAAUCACAGAAGACACUAUAUAAACCCUCACAUAGUAUGAUCGAAAAAUAUUAUUUGUCUUACGAUUGAAGCCUAAAUCUCAGUUGGGUGAUUUUUAAACAAUUUUAUUUGAUUUCGAUCUACGAGGAAUUUGAGAAGAGAUCUAAGAGAUGGCUAAGGAAGUUGCCAAUGGAGAGAAUCAUGCAACUACAAAACCGCCUCCAGAGCCGUCGCCAUUGAGAAAUGCCAAAUUCUUUCAGGCGAACAUGAGAAUUUUGAUUACUGGAGGAGCUGGGUUUAUUGGUUCUCACCUUGUGGACAAACUGAUGGAAAAUGAGAAGAAUGAGGUGAUAGUUGUGGAUAAUUACUUCACUGGCUCAAAGGACAACCUAAGGCAAUGGAUAGGUCAUCCAAGAUUCGAGCUUAUUCGCCAUGAUGUCACAGAGCCAUUGUUAAUUGAAGUUGAUCAAAUAUACCAUCUUGCUUGUCCUGCUUCCCCCAUUUUCUACAAAUACAAUCCCGUGAAGACUAUUAAGACAAAUGUAAUUGGGACAUUGAACAUGUUGGGACUUGCCAAGCGAGUUGGAGCAAGGAUUUUGCUAACAUCAACUUCUGAGGUUUAUGGAGACCCUCUUGUGCAUCCUCAAAAUGAGAGCUAUUGGGGCAACGUCAACCCUAUAGGAGUUAGGAGCUGUUAUGAUGAGGGAAAACGAGUGGCUGAGACUUUGAUGUUUGAUUAUCACAGACAGCAUGGAAUAGAAAUACGGAUUGCUAGGAUCUUUAAUACUUAUGGACCCCGCAUGAAUAUCGAUGAUGGACGCGUUGUCAGCAAUUUCAUAGCUCAAGCCAUUCGGGAUGAACCCUUGACUGUUCAGUUGCCUGGAACACAAACUCGGAGCUUUUGUUAUGUCUCUGACAUGGUUGAUGGUCUGAUCCGACUUAUGGAAGGAGAUAAUACUGGGCCAAUCAACAUUGGGAACCCAGGUGAAUUUACAAUGCUUGAACUUGCUGAGACAGUCAAGGAGCUUAUCCAUCCAGAAGUGAAGAUCAUUACUGUGGAGAACACACCAGAUGAUCCCCGCCAGAGAAAACCAGACAUCACAAAGGCAAAGGAGUUGCUAGGUUGGGAACCAAAGAUCAAGUUGCGCGAGGGCCUUCCCCUCAUGGAAGAAGAUUUCCGCAAAAGGCUUGGAAUUCCAAAGAAGGUCUGAGCUCUGCAGAAAAGUCUAAAAUGGCAAAGUCUUGAUGAUCUGAUGAAGUUCUUGAGGAGAUAUUUGGAUCCGGAUUUUAUAUGCUUCCAUAGCUUUACUUUUUUCAUUUUUGUUCUUUUAUCUUUAUACAUGGUGAUGUUGAAUAAAUGGUACAAGUAUGUUUUCAUUAUGUCAGACUAUAGAGGGAUAUGUAACUGAAAUAUUUGGGAAGUGGUAGGGUCAAUGCCCUUUGAUUAUCCACCAUGCCUUGUUACGAUCAAAAAGAGCAGAUCUUUUUGUCUUUCUUGGCUCCAUAACAUGGUCAAAAUCACUGGAAUACUGCUCUAUUACCAAUCAAUAUCUGGGCACUCAUUAUUUGUAAUUUUUCCGUCAAAAUAUUUUAUCC